AUGGCUGACAAUUUUGUAACAUCUCUUGUAAAUUUUUUCUUUUUCCCCGCUGUGUCAGAUUCAGGGAGUUUUGUAGCUUCUCGAGCCCGGCGAGAAAAAAAAUCAAAGAAGGGGCGCCAAGAAGCUCUAGAAAGACUGAAAAAGGCUAAAGCUGGUGAGAAGUAUAAAUAUGAAGUCGAGGACUUCACAGGUGUUUAUGAAGAAGUUGAUGAAGAACAGUAUUCGAAGCUGGUUCAGGCACGCCAGGAUGAUGACUGGAUUGUGGAUGAUGAUGGUAUUGGUUAUGUGGAAGAUGGCCGAGAGAUUUUUGAUGAUGACCUUGAAGAUGAUGCCCUUGAUGCUGGUGAGAAAGGAAAAGAUGGUAAAGCACGCAACAAAGACAAGAGGAAUGUAAAGAAGCCCGCAGUGACAAAACCGAACAAUAUUAAGUCAAUGUUCAUUGCUUGUGCUGGAAAGAAAACUGCAGAUAAAGCUGUAGACUUGUCCAAGGAUGAUCUGCUAGGUGACAUUCUACAGGAUCUUAACACUGAGACACCUCAAAUAACUCCACCACCUGUAACGAUACUGAAGAAGAAAAGAUUCAUUGGAGCUUCACCGAAUCCUUUUUCUGUGCACACCUCCACGGCAGUUCCUUCAGGAAAAAUUGCUUCCCCUGUCUCCAGAAAGGAGCCUCCAUUAACUCCUGUUCCUCUUAAACGUGCUGAAUUUGCUGGCGAGCCUAUACAGGUCGAGAGUACAGAAGAAGAGCAGGAGUCAGGGGCAAUGGAGUUUGAAGAUGGUGACUUUGAUGAGCCCAUGGAAACUGAAGAGGUGCACCUGGAGCCUAUGGCUGCCAAGGCUUGGGACCAAGAGAGUGAGCCAGCAGAGGAAGUGAAACAAGAGGCGGAUUCUGGGAAAGGGACCAUGUCUGACUUAGGAAGAUUUCUCCCAGAUGUCUCUUGUUGGGACAUUGAUCAAGAAGGUGAUAGCAGUUUCUCAGUGCAAGAAGUUCAAGUGGAUUCCAGUCAACUCCCAUUGGUAAAAGGGGCAGAUGAGGAACAAGUAUUCCACUUUUAUUGGUUGGAUGCUUAUGAAGAUCAGUACAACCAACCAGGUGUGGUAUUUCUGUUUGGCAAAGUUUGGAUUGAAUCAGCUGAGACCCAUGUGAGUUGUUGUGUCAUGGUGAAAAAUAUCGAGCGAACGCUUUACUUCCUUCCCCGUGAAAUGAAAAUUGAUCUAAAUACGGGGAAAGAAACAGGAACUCCAGUUUCAAUGAAGGAUGUUUAUGAGGAAUUUGAUGAGAAAAUAGCAACAAAAUAUAAAAUUAUGAAGUUCAAGUCUAAGCCAGUGGAAAAGAACUAUGCUUUUGAGAUACCUGAUGUUCCAGAAAAAUCUGAGUACUUGGAAGUUAAAUACUCGGCUGAAAUACCACAGCUUCCUCAAGAUUUGAAAGGAGAAACUUUUUCUCAUGUAUUUGGGACCAACACAUCUAGCCUGGAACUAUUCUUGAUGAACAGAAAGAUCAAAGGACCUUGUUGGCUUGAAGUAAAAAGUCCACAGCUCUUGAAUCAGCCAAUCAGUUGGUGUAAAGUUGAGGCAAUGGCUUUGAAACCAGACCUGGUGAAUGUAAUUAAGGAUGUCAGUCCUCCACCGCUUGUCGUGAUGGCUUUCAGCAUGAAGACAAUGCAGAAUGCAAAGAACCAUCAAAAUGAGAUUAUUGCUGUGGCAGCUUUGGUCCAUCACAGUUUUGCAUUGGAUAAAGCAGCCCCAAAGCCUCCCUUUCAGUCACACUUCUGUGUUGUGUCUAAACCAAAGGACUGUAUUUUUCCAUAUGCUUUCAAAGAAGUCAUUGAGAAAAAGAAUGUGAAGGUUGAGGUUGCUGCAACAGAAAGAACACUGCUAGGUUUUUUCCUUGCAAAAGUUCACAAAAUUGAUCCUGAUAUCAUUGUGGGUCAUAAUAUUUAUGGGUUUGAACUGGAAGUUCUACUGCAGAGAAUUAAUGUGUGCAAAGCUCCUCACUGGUCCAAGAUAGGUCGACUGAAGCGAUCCAACAUGCCAAAGCUUGGGGGCCGGAGUGGAUUUGGUGAAAGAAAUGCUACCUGUGGUCGAAUGAUCUGUGAUGUGGAAAUUUCAGCAAAGGAAUUGAUUCGUUGUAAAAGCUACCAUCUGUCUGAACUUGUUCAGCAGAUUCUAAAAACUGAAAGGGUUGUAAUCCCAACGGAAGAUAUACGAAAUAUGUACAGUGAAUCUUCUCAACUGUUAUACCUGUUGGAACACACCUGGAAAGAUGCCAAGUUCAUUUUGCAGAUCAUGUGUGAGCUAAAUGUUCUUCCAUUAGCAUUGCAGAUCACUAACAUCGCUGGGAACAUUAUGUCCAGGACGCUGAUGGGUGGACGAUCCGAGCGUAACGAGUUCUUGUUGCUUCAUGCAUUUUACGAAAACAACUAUAUUGUGCCUGACAAGCAGAUUUUCAGAAAACCUCAGCAAAAACUGGGAGAUGAAGAUGAAGAAAUUGAUGGAGAUACCAAUAAAUAUAAGAAAGGACGUAAGAAAGCAGCUUAUGCUGGAGGCUUGGUUUUGGACCCCAAAGUUGGUUUUUAUGAUAAGUUCAUUUUGCUUCUGGACUUCAACAGUCUAUAUCCUUCCAUCAUUCAGGAAUUUAACAUUUGUUUUACAACAGUACAAAGAGUUGCUUCAGAGGCACAGAAAGUUACAGAGGAUGGAGAACAAGAACAAAUCCCUGAAUUGCCAGAUCCAAGCUUAGAAAUGGGCAUUUUGCCCAGAGAGAUCCGGAAACUGGUAGAACGGAGAAAACAAGUCAAACAGCUAAUGAAACAGCAAGACUUAAAUCCAGACCUUAUUCUUCAGUAUGACAUUCGACAGAAGGCUUUGAAGCUCACAGCGAACAGUAUGUAUGGUUGCCUGGGAUUUUCCUAUAGCAGAUUUUACGCCAAACCACUGGCUGCCUUGGUGACAUACAAAGGAAGGGAGAUUUUGAUGCAUACGAAAGAGAUGGUACAAAAGAUGAAUCUUGAAGUUAUUUAUGGAGAUACAGAUUCAAUUAUGAUAAACACCAAUAGCACCAAUCUGGAAGAAGUAUUUAAGUUGGGAAACAAGGUAAAAAGUGAAGUGAAUAAGUUGUACAAACUGCUUGAAAUAGACAUUGAUGGGAUUUUCAAGUCUCUGCUACUGCUGAAAAAAAAGAAAUACGCUGCUCUGGUUGUUGAGCCAACGUCAGACGGGAAUUAUGCCACCAAGCAGGAGCUCAAAGGAUUAGAUAUAGUUAGAAGAGAUUGGUGUGAUCUUGCUAAAGACACUGGAAACUUUGUGAUUGGCCAGAUUCUUUCUGAUCAAAGCCGGGACACUAUAGUGGAAAACAUUCAGAAGAGGCUAAUAGAAAUUGGAGAAAAUGUGCUAAAUGGCAGUGUCCCAGUGAGCCAGUUUGAAAUUAACAAGGCAUUGACAAAGGAUCCCCAGGAUUACCCUGAUAAAAAAAGCCUACCUCAUGUACAUGUUGCCCUCUGGAUAAAUUCUCAAGGAGGCAGAAAGGUGAAAGCUGGAGAUACUGUGUCAUACGUCAUCUGUCAGGAUGGAUCAAAUCUCACUGCAAGUCAGAGGGCCUAUGCGCCUGAGCAGCUGCAGAAACAGGAUAAUCUAACCAUUGACACCCAGUACUACCUGGCCCAGCAGAUCCACCCAGUCGUGGCUCGGAUCUGUGAACCAAUAGACGGAAUUGAUGCUGUCCUCAUUGCAACAUGGUUAGGACUUGACCCCACCCAAUUUAGAGUUCAUCAUUAUCAUAAAGAUGAAGAGAAUGAUGCUCUACUUGGUGGCCCAGCACAGCUCACUGAUGAAGAGAAAUACAGGGACUGUGAAAGAUUCAAAUGUCCAUGCCCUACAUGUGGAACUGAGAAUAUUUAUGAUAAUGUCUUUGAUGGUUCGGGAACCGAUAUGGAGCCCAGCUUGUAUCGUUGCAGUAACAUCGAUUGUAAGGCUUCACCUCUGACCUUUACAGUACAACUGAGCAACAAAUUGAUCAUGGACAUUAGACGUUUCAUUAAAAAGUACUACGAUGGCUGGUUGAUAUGUGAGGAGCCAACCUGUGGCAAUCGAACUCGUCACCUUCCCCUUCAGUUCUCCCGAACUGGGCCUCUUUGCCCAGCCUGCAUGAAAGCUACACUUCGACCAGAGUAUUCUGACAAGUCCCUGUACACCCAGCUGUGCUUUUACCGGUACAUUUUUGAUGCGGAGUGUGCACUGGAGAAACUUACUACCGAUCAUGAGAAAG